AUGUGCCUUGUCGAGCUGCAGCCUCACCCAUCUCUGUCCUCACAGAUCCACUUGAAGCAGCAGGACUGCACUGGCAGCCUCAGUCGGGGUCUGAAGGUGGCCAAGAUGAGCCUGAUGGACCUGGCAGGCUCAGAGCGAGCGUCGGUUGCCAACAGCAGGGGAGAGCGGCUGCGGGAGGGGGCCAACAUCAACCGCUCGCUGCUGGCCCUCAUCAACGUCAUCAACGCCUUGGCUGAUGCAAAGGGCAAGAAAAGCCACAUCCCGUACCGGGACAGCAAGCUGACGCGCCUGCUGAAGGACUGCCUGGGUGGCAACUGCCGCAGCGUCAUGGUGGCGGCGGUGAGCCCCUCUGUGCUGGCCUAUGAGGACACCUACAACACGCUCAAGUAUGCCAGCAGAGCCAAGGAGAUCAAGCUGUCGCUGAAGAGCAGCACGUGCAGCUCUGACUCCCACCUCUGUGGAUAUGUGGAAAUGUGUGAGCAGCUGAAAGGGAAGGGGAGAUGCUGGUGGGGAGGACAGGGCUCUGUCUUUAGCUGUGGUCUGUUUGGGAUGCAAACCUCUGAGCUCCAGGGGUCAUAA